AGGCUGGUUUACGAUUACCAACAAAUACUUAUUGGUAUGAAAGGUUUGUUCACAUGGUUGUGCGACACCUCGAUCUCACUAACGUAUAUUUAAUAUUUGGUAUUUAAUCGCAGUUUUGGAGGUCUGUCUUUCAUCAGUGCGCGUGAAGCAGUGACUGUGCAGGCACGAGGAUGCCUUCAAUCUUUAACUAUUACUGAAGCUCCAAACUAAAGGUGAAACUUCACAUUUUGAGCUGUCGGCCCCAGGCAAAAAAAGAAAUCAGCCCUGAUGAAUGUCAUACUUUGACACUUCACAUCUGAUCCAAUGAACUUAGGGAAGGACUACACCAAGUCAUACAACAAUGAAAGGUGUAUCUCGGAGAACAAGAAAAAGGGAACCUAAUAAGAAACCGACAGAGCGAGUCACCGCAGAAACUGUUUCAUCUCAAGCCACAGAGGAAUCAAAUGCUGUGCCAGGCAGUGAUGAUGCCAUUGUCAGCCAGUCCACUCCUAGUUCCUUACCAAGCACUCCAAAAAGAGGCAGGCCACGAAAGGGACAGACACAAGAAGCCCGUCUGACCUCCACACCAGUCCACAACUCCUCCACUGACAUCCUGUCAAACAUCUCUCCUCCUGAAGCAAAACAAGUGGAGGUGGAAUACACUGAGCUCAUCACCCAGUUAGAGACAUCAGAGACGGAUUCAACAUGCUGCCGAUCGAAAUCUCAAAGCAAACACAGGAGGGCUCACGCUGCCCAGCCGAGACAACUUAGAAAAAGGGUGGCAAAGGAGCCAACGCAGACCUGCAGUAUAACCAACAGUCCUCCAGCCAAGUGUCGGCGAGGCAGGAAGCGGAAAGUGGCGACAGGGGCUUUACAGAAGGAUACCACUACGGAGUCAUCCAAAUACUCUCGACCAAGAUUUGAGCUGGAGAAGCCUGAUCCAGCAGAGCAAGACGAGUCUUUGCUGUCUUCAGAUCUGUCACUAGAGCUGAGUCACCAUGAGGAACAGCUGCCAUCUCUGUCCUUCCAGGAAGAUGAGCGAAGUGAGGAGGAUGAGGAGGAAGAGCUUCCCAGUUUCUUGAUGCAGGUGGACAAAAAGCCCCCGUCCAUUACAACAGGAGCGUUUGUGUGGUACAAAUAUAGAAAUUAUCCAUUCUGGCCUGCAUUGGUAAAAUAUGUGAACCGUAAGCAGAAAAAAGCCAGCAUCAUAUUCAUUGAUGACCCAUUGAUUCCCCAAAAGAAAGGGUUUACUGUGGCUCUCAAAACCCUGAAGCCUUUUGGCUGUGAAGAAGCUACCGAGCUGGUGUGUAAAGCCAAAGAAAAGUAUGAUGCUGCCAUUGAGUGGUCCUUGGAGCUCAUAACAGACUACAGAAUACGGAUUGCCUGUGGAUCAUUUUCUGCCUCCUUUAUCGAGUACAUUGCUCAUGACAUGAGCUAUCCAGUGAGGAGAAAGUACCCGCAGGCAGCCUCAGAGAGACUAUCCAUCGCCAGUGACUCGACGGAGAUGCCGUGUGAUGAUCAUAAGGAUAACAGCAUCGGUGAACAGCAUGAGGAGGUCAGCAGGAGUUCAAAGAGGGUGCUGCCAGACCGGAGUCAUGCUGCCCACAACCGUGCUAAUGAGAAGCUCGUACAUUUCAUCGUAAAGCAGCGCCUGGUGGAAGAACGCCUUCUGGCUGUGAUCAGUGGGCAGCAGCAGUCCAGAUGGCUUCGCUCCUUUCUAAGUGCCAAUCGGAGACGGGUGGUGAACAUAUACUUGGAAGAUGACCAGCAGUUGGACCAGGUCUACAGGUACCUGAAUGACCUCUACGCCGGGGCCGAGGCCACCGCCCCUUGCCUGCCUGAGAUGAAAUCCAUGGAGCAUGUCUCCUUUGUCCUGGACGUGCUUCUUCCUGAGGCCAUCAUCUAUGCCAUAGCUGGGGUGGACAAUGUCUCCGUAAAAAAGGCAGAAGAAAAAUACCUGAAAGGACGAUGCAUAAGUAACAGGGAAAGACAGGAGUUUGACUUGAUGAUUGAGCGGCACAUGAGGAAAAGAUCCCAGUGUCAGAACACUGCACCUGCUUUAUUAUCUGAUCCCAUCAGUUAGACGACAGUAUUGUAAAACAGGAAAAUAGACUAUUUUUGUAUUGAAUUUUUUUUUACAUUUGUUUCUUUUAAAGGCAAUGAUGAAGUAUUUCUGUGCCUUACAAUCAAUUUGAAUUAUAUCCCCUUAGUCCAACUCUCGGUUGCCUCUACAAAGAAAAAGCAUAACAAAUGUUAAACAAUCUGAAGUGAUAUACGAUGAUUCCUAAAACAGCUAACUAUUAUUGUACAUUAAAGGACUGUUUAUCUGUCUGAGUUUGCUUGUGUGCUUUUCUUCUUGUUUUUUUAUAGA